AUGGAACUGAACUUUAUUACUUUAAUCAAACACGAUGUGAAUCAUAAUGUGAGACAGUGCUUCAAAUCAAAGAAAACAUUUAUGAGCCGAAAAGAGGAGGUGACGGCCAUCAAAAGUAAAUUCCCGAACAAAAUACCGCUUAUAGUUGAAAGAUACCACAAAGAGAAAAAUCUACCUACUUUGGACAAAACGAAGUUUCUCGUGCCCGGGGACAUCACCAUGUCCCAAUUUCUAGUUAUCAUAAGAAACAGGAUAAAGAUGAAACCGAAUCAAGCGCUGUACUUGAUAAUCAAUAACAGAUCUAUGCUUAGCAUGAGUCUGACUAUGUCACAGGCCCAUGACGAAUACAGUGACGAGGAUGGCUUUUUAUACAUAACCUACGCGUCCCAAGAAGUAUUUGGCUAUAAAGACGAUAUGGCAGGAGCAAAUGAAGAAAUACAGGCCAUCAGAGGUAGAUUUCCUAACAAAGUACCAAUUCGGGUUGAAAGAUAUUCGAGGGAACGUGAGGUGCCAGAACUGGGAAGAACAAAAUUUCUUGUGCCACAGGAACUGACAAUGUCCCAGUUCCUUUACAUUAUUCGGACCAAGAUGAAACUUAGAGACACUCAGGCCCUCUACUUGUUGGUGAACGACAAAGUGAUGGUGAGUCAUAGCAUGACGAUGGCUCAGGCAUACGAUCAAUUUCGUGGUGAGGAUGGCUACCUGCACGUCACGUACGCGGCUCAACAGGUCUUUGGAUGA